AAACGAAACUAAGACCAACAUUUCUCUCUCUCUCACACUCACACACACACACACUCACAAGCCUCACUGUUACACUGAGACACGACUGCUUCGUGUCAGCUGAAGGAACUCUUUCAGAGAUUCGUCUCCCCUCGACAUGAUGUCUGGAGAACCAGAAAAAUUUGAUGUCCAUCCUAACACGGAAGGAAUAAUGUCAGUGAAACGAAUGCUGAAGGCGAAAGCAUGCAAGGACGACUUCCUGCACUCCAACCUGGAUGUUGCUGAGCGCAUCUUCAGACACAGCCCUCUCAGCACAGCCAUAACCCUGCAGGUCAAAGGUCAAUGGCAGUGUGUGAGAAUCGGCAUAGACGACAACGUGAUUUACACCGUGUCAUCCGAGGGCAGUCAAGCUCGCAUCGAUUGCUGCGUCUCCUGCAGUGAUGACAAGGUCAAUUCCGAAGAUAUUAAGAGCAUCCAUUUCAGCGUGCAUUCCUGCCAGAAUGAGAUCAGGUCCUGUUUCACAGAAGCCAAAGGUGCAGUGAGCUCCAAACCUCUGGCAUUAAAAAUCACAUGCAACAGGUUUUCCAUCACCUACGUCACCCUGAACGUACCUGACGAGAUGAAGAUGAUCGAAACAAAAUGCCAGUUUAACCUGUAUUCCAUAACGGCUGAGGAAUUGCUCAAAAGGAAGUGCUGGAUGGAGAAAGAGAAAGCAAAUUGUCAGGAGUUGAUCGCGUGCCUCGAUUAUCUGAUUCAGAAAUAUCUCACUGUACCUGGGGCUCCGAAAUAUAACUGCAGGUUCGUUUUACAGGGAAACAAAGAAAUGGCUGAAAUUAUUUCACAGAGUUCAAUCAAUCAGUUAAUGAAAGAGUACGUUUUGAUGUAUGGGAAAUAUGCAAACAUCUCCAUAUAUCCGUCUCUUGACUGAAACUGAAAUCGCUAAAUUUUGUCAAGUGAAUUGGAGCAAUUUUCCCAAACAUCAUUGAGGUCUUCAUCAACUGUUCCAUGUUUUUGAUUGAACUUUUUUUUUUGUAAAUCUCAUCAUUUCCAUGGAGAUUUUCUUGAAUACAAAAACUCAAUUUGCAUAAAAACCAGCUACAUAGCGUGCGAGAUAUUCACCAUAAAUAUACGUAACGUUCUCAACACCAGAUGUCAACAUUAACGUUAUCAGGUGUCAAGUAAGAAACACAGUAAAGGUGCGACAUUCACCGAUUCAUUUUCCGCACUUUGAAACUCGACAGUGAUUUAAUGAAUAUGUAAGAAUAGAAUCACAGUGCGCUUGGUCUCCAUCAUCCAACGCUGCUUGUUUUUGAAAACUUUCACAUCAAAUACUGAGCUCCCCCCCCCCCAUGUUUUCCAGAUUAUACAGCGAGUUUUGUUUUUCUCUUUAUAUUUUACAUCUAAAACCCUUGUUGAAAAUCUGAAUUUUCUUUCACAGGAUAAACCAUUUGACUUUAGCUAAUCAAACAAUCGUUAUUGUUGGAAUAUUGCACUGCUGA